AACUGCUAUAACAAUCCUGUGUGUGGAGACAGCUAGCAAACUCUAGGGGGGCAAAGACUUUUUUUUUUUUCCCUUUUAGACUCUAAAUGAAAGCUAAAUGUUCAUCAUGUCUGCUUUGUAAUGUGUGUGGAGAUGCAGAGGGAGAGGAGAAGAGAGGAGAGCAGCUGUUUGAGCUGUAAAGCAGAGAAGAGUGGAGAGUUAAACACAAGUCCAGAUUGCUGUCACUACACAACCAAACUGUACAACUCAACACAAUGGCUGACAGGAGCAGGAGAGAGUGCAAGGCGGAGGUUCCUCACUGGGGUGUUAGUGCGCUGUGAGAGUCUGGAGAUCCUGCAGAAGGUGCAGAAGGUGCUACAGGUGACCAUGGGGAAAGAUUUCACCUACACCAGGAGUCGUGUUAAAGCCGGGGACAUGGCGGCUGUCUCCAGCUCGAACUCCGCUCCGGAUACUGCAUUACUCGGAAAGGAAAUGUUAAACACCUGGGAGUGGUUUAAAAACAGCCCGAGCUUGACAAAAACGAGUUAUUUACUCGGACUCUUGGCUUUUUGCGACGCUGAGCUGUUGCACAUGCUGGGGAACCUGGCGCGCGUGCUGGUAGCGCGAGAGAAACGCAAUUUAAACUUCCUGCGGUGUAACACAGCCAAGGAUUCCAGCUGGAAAGAGGUGAAGGAAGUAAUGCUCAGGGGUCAGAGGUUGGAGAGCAGUGAUGCAGACUGGGAUGACGUAGAGGAUCCUGCACUCAUGGUGGUCCCCAGGUCUUCCAAAUCCAUGUCAGGAGUCAGCCAACACCGAGACUUUAUUCGGGCACUUCCAGUCGGUCUUGCCAAGAGGAUUUUAGGCCUGUUGGAUAAGGCCACACUACAGAGCUGUAAACACGUCUCCCAGCACUGGCAAUACCUAACCGAGGAGAUCAUAGCAGAGCACAGUGUGAAAAAGAUGGUGGAGGACCAGGCUGUGAUUUUGCAGGGAACCCCUUCUGCAGUCAACCCUGUCUAUGCCAGGAUCCGUGAGGUCCUAGUGCCCAUUGGAAAAGAGGAGGUGUACAUCCAGCCUAAGAAGAGUUUCCUAAAAAAUAAGGAUAUCAGAGGCUUUGAGUCGGUCUAUACCAUGAUUAAAACCAAGGUCGUGGAGAUGGAGGAGAGGAAUGUGUACUGUGGAGUCUACAACAUUUCAAUCAUGCUGGACAGAGAAGACCCCAGCAGAGUGAUCCAUUAUGGCGGAGGCAGGAUGGUGGCACUGGGCUCUAGGGACCGAUCUGUGCGUCUGCUGGACACGAUGCUGGUGAAGGAGGUUCCCCCGCUGAUGCACGGCCAUGCGGGCAGUGUGAGAGCUGUGCUGGUGUGUGAGGAGAGAGAGCUGGUGAUCAGUGCCAGCUACGACCUCAGCAUCCGAUGCUGGAACCUGAAGACAGGUGCAUGCGUGAUGCUGUUCUCUGGACACAUGGGCACCAUCACCUGCCUGGACCUGCACGGAAACCAUCUGGUUUCCGGAGCCAGAGACUGCAAAGUCAAAGUGUGGAGCCUGCAGACGGGUCAGUGCUGUGACAGGAUGAGGUUUCGUCACCGUAAGGCUGUAGUGUGUGUGAAGACCGACUCGUCUCUGGUGCUCAGUGGCUGUGAGGGAGGAUUGAUCAAAAUGUGGGACAUGGAGACAGCGACUCUUCUAAAGGUCACACAAGGUCACCAGGGCUCUGUGAAGUGCCUGUUCUUUGACCAGUUUCACAUCUUGUCUGGAGGAUCAGACGGUCAGGUGAUGGCCUGGAGCGCCGACUAUGCAUUCAAAACAUGUCUUAUGACCUUCCAACAUCCACGGGAAGUGCUAACGUUGUCGUCCCUCUUCCUGCGAGUCAUCACCGGCUGUGUGGAUGGAAGGAUCCGGAUCUUCAGCUUGCUCAGUGGAGAUUGUCUCAGAGUCAUCAAAAUUGGCACAGAUGAAAGCCCUAUACGUUCUUUACACACACAUCAUAAUACUAUCGUGGUGAACAGCAGUAGUCGUGUUUUGAUUCUGCAGUUUGCUGAUCAGCAGUGGGAUUACAAUGCGCUGUCGGAGCGGAAGUGCAUCACUGAUCGCACUCUUCCUCAUCCUAAGCACCCGGCUUCAGCAAGCUCAUCUACAGCAAAGAAGAAUGAGAGGAGAUCCAGAACACCAUCUCUCUCCCAACGGAUGAGGAGCAACUCAGCUCCCAGCAUGCAACACUCACACGAAAAGCGAUACGCGCCCCAGAAGUGUGUGAUAACCCUGAGUGAGAGAGCUGUGCGAGAGCGUGUGAGGAAGAGAGGCCCCCAUCAGCCCAUCACAACCACCAAGGUUCUCCUAAAGGUCCGUCCUAGCUGUCAGCCUGAGUGCAAAGACCUGGCCACCUCCAACAUGGAGCUGAACGCUGCGGUACGAGAUGCCUGGGGUCCUCCUCCAACCAGAGCGUCAUCUCCUCCUCCAGCUCUGAAGCCUUCUAAACGGCCACAUUCAGCCCCUAAACCGUCAUCAUUUAAAGGCAUGCUUAAAAUAUACACACCUCUGAAAACCCACACGCUGGACCUCAACCUCCAGCAUUCCCUGCAUCCCAGCAUCCCAUCUCCGGCGUUAAUCCAGACUUUUCCUAAAUCCAGACGACCCCAGACGGCUUGCGGUGUGCGACAAAUCGGCAACUCCACCAACACCACCAACACCGCCCAGGGAGAUAUCCAGUGUUCUGGAAAUACCUUCACGAGGAGUGAGUUGAAGCACGUGGGACACCAUGUUGAUUUUGAAAUUCCAAGAAAAUCCAGGCAAUCCCAGAAUCCACUGGAUCCAUUCCGAGAGAGUGGAGGAUUUCAGCUCAGGACAGACACGCAGCUGGAGGAAUACAAGCAGGCGCAGAUGCAGGUUAACACUUACACACUCCCAAAGGAAGAGAAGAAGAGGCAGUGCAGGACAUCCUGGAAACUGAAAAUUAAAGUUGCUCCCAUUAAAGCUCUGGAGCUGGGUGAGGAAACAUUCACCUAAUAUAACCAACAACAAAGUACUGGUAUAACACCAUACAGUAUAUUGGUGAUUCCCAAUUCAGUAUACUCCAAAUACACCUGAUUCUGCUCACCUGCAAAUCAAUCAAGCUGUUCAUUAACCUGCCAUAUACUGUAUACAACAAGAGUCUAAUUCCACCAAAGACUACAAUUUUGACCAUAAAAUAUACUGAUUAAAGUCACUUUCACUAACAAAUUCACUGUAUGGCUUAGCUUGGAAGGUAAAUAACUGUAAAUAGUAAAGGUUUACAUUAAGGUGCCUCAAAGUAACCCCAAACAUGUGACUUUAAAUAAUUAAAAUAAUCUGUGCAUA